GUCAGGUGGGUGUUGUCGUGCAGCAGGUGUGGGAUUGUAUUGAGGGAGGGACCGAGAUCUGGAGCUGAUUGGACAAGGUUUUAAAACUCCUCAACUGUACUUUACCUCCACAGCUGCUACAGGAUUGAACUCCAGGUAGGAAAAAACUAAAACAAUGGACCACGAGUAUUUCAGGUCUUAUGAAAUGUGUUGGGGCACCCUUGGAACGGUGCGACCGUUCUCAAAUUUCCAUCCUGUGAAUGAUGUUGAGCAGAUCCAGACUGCGCUCAAUAAGAAAGAUACACUGACCCUACUGAGAAUUUUAACCAAUCGGAGCAAUGCUCAGAGGCAGGCCAUCGCCAUAACCUACCAGACGUCAACACAAAAGAAUCUGGUAGCUAGCAUGAAGAAAGUUCUGUCUGGAGAUCUGGAAUCGCUGCUGGUGGAGCUGCUGAUGCCUCCGGUGCAGUACGAAGCUUACAGGCUGCAGCAGGCCAUGGAGGGUUUAGGCACGGAUGAGGAAACUCUGCUGGAGAUCCUGUGCACCCGAUCAGGGAAUCAGCUUCGAGAAAUCGCCGCUGUCUACAAAGAGUGCUACAAGAAGGACCUGGAGAAAGAGUUGAAAGCGGAAACAAGCGGAGACUUUGCUAAGCUUGUUGUGGCUUUGCUCAAUAAAGAAAAUGUCACCGGCACAGUGCAAAGAGAUCUUGAGUCACUGUCUGCGUCUAUAAACACCAAGAAAGCCGACACAGAGCCGUGGAUCGACAUUCUGACCUCGAGAAACUCAGCCCAUCUCAACAAAGUGCUGUUGGAGCUGGAGCUGCAGAGCGGACAGGAGGUGGAUCAGACUGUGCAGAAGCGAUUCACAGGAGACAUUCAACUGGGUUUGAGCAUUUUAGUGCAGUGCAUUGAAAAUCAAGAUCGCUAUUUGGCUAAAAGACUCGCUACCAUGAAGGCAGAAAUAGUGCGGAGGAUCAUGGUGUCACACUGCGAAAAAGACCUGCUGUGUAUCCGAGCCGCCUUCAUUAAAUUAACGGGCACCUCCCUGUACACGACCCUGCAGAAACGGUUCAAGGGAGACUAUCUGCAAGCUCUGCUGGGCCUCUGUCGAUCUGAAGACUAAAAAACAUAGUUUUGCUGUUUUUAUUUUUAUUUUAAUGCAUUCAUAUAUGUAAAAUAAGCAUACAAAUACACUGAAAUCACA